AUGGGUCACAAUGGUCCGUCAACGUCUGCCUCAAAUUCUCGUAAAUCCAGCGUAAUUUCCAACCAUGUAUCGAGACCGACAUCGUCGUUACGAAGUCUUCAUCUGAAACAGCAUGAGGUCAACGAAAAAACUUUUCAUGCCAUGGAAAUUGGCCAUAAAGUAUGCAAACUUUUGCUCCUCAAACGUUGGGAACCAGUUAAUAAAAAAUUAUCGUACAAUCGUGAAACAAGGCAACUGCUGCUUACAAAGUAUGAAGCAACAAAUUCGCGGGGAAAUAGUUCGAUGACGUUAGAUUUGAGACAUGUUAAAGAGGUGCAAACUUUGGAAUUUAAAUUAGGUACUAUGAAAAUACAGGAUAAAUGGGCUAAAGACAAAGAUAUUAAACAACUUGAUGCUGCAAAAAUAUUAUUAAUUGCAUUUGGAACUGGUUUCUUGUAUAAUUAUUGGAUUCUACUGUUUGAAAGUAUAGAUGUUUGCCAGAUGUGGCUUGAAGGAGUGCAGUAUUUAAUGACUGAAACCCUUGGCGCAAGCCACAUACUUGUAGUGGAGCGAUGGUUAAGGAAGGAGUUCUACAAUAUUGAAGGUGCAAGUAACCAAAGGGUUCUAAGGAAAUAUAUGAAACCUUUUGUACAGACAAGGUUGCAGUACAAAAUACAGUCAAAACAACUCCAAGAAAUUGCUGAAGAAGAAAUGACGUUUGAUUCUUUCUCAAGUGCUUAUCGAAGGCUUAUCUUCUUACAUGACGUAAGUUUUAAUGGUUAUGAUUGUUCACAUAAUUUAUCUUCACUUACAAAGGAUGAAUUAGGGGAUCAUCGAGAGCAAGCUAGCGAAUACUUACGACGUUAUCUUAGGGAACUGGACGCUUCUCGAGAUAUUCCUGAACCGUCUUUAAGCGUAUCUGAGUUUUGUGAGUAUCUGUACUCGCGUGAAAACUCAAUUUGGGAUUCUGUAAAUAACAGAGUGGUACAUGAUAUGAAUCGUCCGUUAAGCCAUUACUGGAUUGCGUCCUCUCAUAAUACUUACUUGACAGGUGAUCAGCUGAAAAGCGAAUCAUCGCUUGAUGCUUAUGCACGAUCACUUCUGAUGGGUUGUCGCUGUAUCGAAUUGGAUUGUUGGGAUGGACAGAAACGAAGACCAAACGACUUUCUUGAAAUUGUUAUUUAUCAUGGCUAUACAAUGACCAGUAAAUUGAAUCUGAGGGACGUUCUUCAAACAAUACGGCAUUACGCGUUUGUGAACAGCGAUUAUCCAGUAAUUUUGUCAAUCGAAGACAAUUGUUCUGUUCCUGCACAACGACUGCUUGCACAGGAAGUUAAAGAGAUCUUAGGUGAAUACUUAUUGACUGUACCAGUCAGUCGCGAAGAAACAUGUCUGCCAUCUCCAGCAGCUUUGAAAAGAAAGAUUAUUCUUAAGCACAAAAAGUUGCCGACAAAGAAUGAGAACAUAACAACGAGAUCAAGUGAAGAAGAUCAAGAUCAAGACCUGUUGUCAAAGGAGUGUGUAAAACGUGGUAUUCUCUCUUUGAAAAAUAACGCUACUCAUGAAGAUGCAUCAAGCCUUGCCGGGUUCGGGGUACGACCGGAGGAAAUGCACGUCACCGAAGAAUGGUUCCACGGAAAGACGGAUCGAGAUACAGCUAAGGCCCGACUUUUGGAGCAUAGUGAUAAGGGUAACGGUCUAUUCUUGGUGAGGGACUCGACAAUUUUUAUCGGUGACUUCUCGUUAUCAUUUCUGCAUGAUGGGAAAGUUCAUCACUGCCGGAUACGGACCAGAAUGGUUAAUGGUGAAAAGAAGUAUUAUUUUUUGGAAAAUAAGCAGAUGGAUACGCUGUAUGAGUUAAUAUCAUAUUAUACCAAAGAAAAGCUAAAAACACCACACUUUAGUACAACACUAAUCACUCCAUGCCCGCAACCGUGUCCACAUCUCAAUAUGCCUUGGUUUGACGAGAAUGCUGAUAAACAGCGCGCAGAAGAAUUGCUAAAUACUGUACGAGAAGAUGGAGCAUUCUUGAUUCGGUAUAGCAGCAGUGACAAAAACGUUUUUGUCUUAUCACUAAGAGUUGAUGGAGAAUUUUGGCAUUAUCGUUUAAAAAGGGAUGGCCGUAUAUUUGUUGUUAAUCAAACAGUUUUCGAAAACCUUAAUCAGGUUGUUGAAUUUUAUUCUACCCGGGACUUGGUCAGAGGAGUCAGCUUGAAGUACCCAGUUAAUGAAAAGAACGUCGGCAUUUAUUCAAAUCCAGAAUUAAAUGUAGCAAUCGCUCCAGGAUGCUACAUGGAACUUAAAGACUUGGAGAAAGAAGAAGAAACAUAUGUUCGAAGUCUCGAAUCAUACAAAGCUGUUCAGCCAAACGAGCUUUCAUUCCCAGCUAAUGCUAUUAUCACAGUGAUACGUAAAGACGGUUUGAGAUGGAGAGGAAGGUACGGAAAUCAAGUUGGAUUCUUUCCUGCUACGUGUGUUACAGAGAUAGAAUCACUGGAAUCAUCAGUUGGGUUAACACUAAUUAUUGAGGAACCUGUAAAUUACGUAACUAUCGAAUUGGCUGGUUCAUUGAUUGAAAAGAUUUCUAAUGAAGAAACUGAUCAUUCAUUUGCGUUCCGAAUUAGUCAGGCUGCAGCGCACUGGAAUACAGUGGAAUACAUUUUGGCUGCAAACUCAAGUGAUGAUCAGGAAGACUGGUUGAAUACACUUCAUGAAUUGACAAGAACUGCAACAGACAAAGCUCACAUUUUAAGGAUCAGAGAAAGGGAUCUGCGUAUUGCUUCUGAGUUAUCGAAUUUGGUGGUCUACUGUCAGGCUGUACCGUUUAAUCCUCUAUUUGCUACGCAGGGAAACUUCUAUGAGAUGUGUUCCUUCAGUGAAGCGAAACACCAGAAGCUGUUUGAAAAAGGUCUUAUCCAGUUUAAUACUAGGCAGCUAUCAAGAGUGUAUCCAAUGGCAUCUCGAGUAAGGUCUGGCAAUUAUGAUCCUGUUCCAAUGUGGAACUCAGCCUGCCACAUGGUCGCGCUCAAUUAUCAGACCGGCGAUAGGCCGAUGCAGCUAAACCAGGGUAAGUUUAUGGCAAACGGUAAAUGUGGAUAUGUUCUAAAGCCAUCCUAUAUGAUUGAUGAGAUGUUUUCACCGGAUGCUGCAAAUGUUAUUUCUACGUCAUGUCCAAUCUUUCUCACUAUUCAGGUCAUUGGUGGUCGACACCUCUCCAGAAAAGACAAGAGCAAAGGCAUUUGUUCGCCAUUUGUUGAAGUCGAAAUUGUUGGAUUUCCAAAUGACAGCAUUGCUGUUCGUACACGAACGAUAGCUUCAAAUGGACUUAACCCCAUCUGGAACGAAACCUUCCAUUUCUCGAUACAUUGUCCAGAAGCUGCUCUGUUGCGAUUUAACGUGGAAGACGGUGAUUUUGUAACUGAUCCGUUCAUUGGACAGGCAGUCUAUCCGUUAGAUUGCAUUCGUACGGGAUUUCGAUCGGUGAUCUUGAGGAAUCAUCACAGUGAAGAACUUGAGUUGUCGUCACUUUUAGUCUUCGUGGAGAUGAGAAGGUCUGAGCGAGAGGGUAAAAUUAUUGACCCGCAUUCUGUUUUACAAGCUGGGCGAACUCUUGUUGGUUAG